UUACGGACUUCCUCCUCCCUCCCUGAGUCCCUCCACCCAGAAAGACGGACCUCGUACCAAAGCCUCAGGCCCCGGGACACGCACUGACCGCGACCACUUCCACAGACACUCCCGGAGAGACAGCGGGACCAGCCGAGCAGUGCAGCCGGACAUAACAGCUCAUGAGCGGUGCAUUAUGGGAAGAGACCAGCCCUGAACCAGAUCUGAGAGACUUUAGAAUCAAGGAGACCGACAAACUUCACCCCAGGUCAUAGAAGUCAAACAGAGGUUAUCGUGGGGUCAAAGGUCACGUAAUGCAGACUGUAAAGUGUGUGGUGGUGGGAGAUGGCGCUGUGGGGAAAACAUGUCUGCUUAUCUCCUAUACAACCGGAGCCUUCCCCAAUGAAUACAUACCCACUGUGUUUGACAACUACAGCAGCCAGGUGACAGUGGAUGGCCGAACUCUGAGUCUGAACCUUUGGGACACAGCGGGGCAGGAGGAGUACGAUCGACUCAGGACCCUCUCGUAUCCACAAACAAAUGCCUUCAUCAUCUGCUUUUCCAUCUCCAGCCCCGCCUCCUAUGAAAACGUCCUGCACAAGUGGUACCCCGAGGUGACUCACCACUGUCCAGGCGUGCCAAUCCUCCUGGUCGGGACAAAGAAGGACCUUCGCGAGGACCCGGAGAUCCUGAAGAAGUUGAAGGAGUCAAACUCAGCACCUGUGUCCCAAAGUAGUGGACAGUCUUUGGCCAAACAGAUCCAGGCCGCACGCUACCUCGAGUGCUCGGCUCUGAAUCAAGACGGGAUCAAGGAUGUCUUCAGCGAGGCUGUGCGGGCCUAUCUAAACCCACAGCCGCCUCCUAGGAAGAAGCCAUGCAGGCUACUGUAGGACCAACAGGACUGGGUUAGAUCUGCUUUAGUCUUGGUCUAGUCCCAGUUUAGGUGUAGUCCUGACCCCAGUUUAGACUGGGUUUAGUACUGGUUUAGCCCUAGUUCCUACUUAGACUUUCUUUUCCCAAGUAAAAUUAAAAUAACUUAAAAUAAAAUUAUAGUCAAGUGGAAGUAAAAAGCCACAAGACAACAAUUAUUCCAGUAAGAGUGGUAUAAACAUUUUGUGAAAACAC